UGAAGAUUAUUCUUUGUAUUAAAAAAAUGAGUUUUAUUUCAUAUUACAAAACCGAAAUUACUUUGUUGCCAACCCAAUAUUUGGUGGGACUAUAAAGGAGUGCUGUGGUUCGAGCUGCUCCCGCAGGACCAAACAAUAGAUUCGAAAAAAUACUGCGCUCAACUCGACAAAUUGCGCAAAGUAGUGCAAGAGAAGCGGCCAGAAUUGUCCAAUAGAAAAGGUGUGAUUUUCCAUCAUGACAACGUUUAACCGCAUACUUCUUUGGUCACGAAAAAAAAAUUGCAGAGCUUUGGCUGGGAAAUGAUGCAGCACCCACCAUAUUCGCCGGACCUUGCACCGUCUGAUUAUCACUUGUUUCGCUCGCUGCAAAACAAUCUUGACGGUCAUCAAUUCGAUUCAAUAGAGGCCAUCCGAAAUCACCUCGUUGAUUUUUUCGACCACAAGUCCCAAGGGUUUUACGAGAGCGGCAUCAAGGCCCUACCGAAACGUUGGCAACAAAUUUUAGAUCAAGACGGUCAACACAUUGUGGACUAAAUUAAUUUUUAUAAAUGUCGAUUUUGUGUUUAAAAUUUUAUAUUAAAAAUCCGCAGAACUUUCCCACCAAUCAAUAUUUAUAAUAAACCUAGAGAUAAUCAAGAUCUGUAAUAUAACAGAAUACAUAAAUAGGCAUUGACACACACACACACACACACACACACAUAUAUAUAUACACACGCAUUAAUUGUUAUAUUUUAUAACAACUUUUGAAAGUUUAUUGUGUAUCUUAUUCAUAGAAGUUUUCGUAUUAUACAUAAUGUAGAUUAUUGUCUCAAUGCGUAUAUUACAUACUUAUAUUGUACUUACAAGUUAUAUUAACAUAUACAAGCGUAAUCUUCGAACAGUCAAAACGUACGUUUAACAUUCCGUUUGUGGAAAUGCUUUUACAAUACUCAGCGAUGCAUUUAAAUUUUCUUCUUAGAUAUAUACAAAAAAAAAAAAAGCAGCUUUAAUAGGAAAAAGUGAAAUUUUUAUUGUGGUUUCUUGUACCUAAUAUUGUGCUAAACCUUGUGCUUAACACGCGUUCGUAAUAAGACAGGAUAAUAUUACAUAUAUACAUAUUUAAUUAUAUAUAAGCAAUGUUUAAAUAUAUUCGAAAUUUGAUAUUGGCGCAUGAUUGUAUACACGUGUUCGGCUUAAUUUCAUUCGAUGUUUCAUAUACGCUCGAUUAUUGGUUGAACAAAAAAAAAUGUUAAACAAAUAAUAAUAUAUUGUUCAUUUCAAGAAGAAACAUUAUGCGUAUCGUUACCCCACGAGAUGCGUUUAAACAAGAUUAUAAAUUAUCUGAUUAUUGUACGUAUACUUAGUGCCAGGUGGAAGCAAACAAUUUACAUGUUAUAAUUCUCUUUUUCCUUGUAGGAGCAAUUAUAACUAACCAAGCGGCAAUGCGACUAAACAGUAAAACCGCGUUUCUCUUUAUAACAAUACUUUGCAAUAAAUAAAAUGUUAUAUAAAGAGAACGCAAAUCACACCUUGCGUAGCUGAUAGUAGACAUGUUACUUAUAUUCGUUUGUUCGAAUUCGCAAUUUUAUAAGAAUUUUUCCGUAGAGAUGAAAAACUAUAUGUAACUAUAUCUAAAUAACAAAAUAAACGAUAUUAUUCGUUUCGACGAGUUUUACAUCUUUCUCCGAACAAAAACAAAGAACUUUUGCUAAAGAGCUGACUUUUGGUACGUUACUUAAAACGCGCAUUUUUUCCAAACUGUUUCUUUUUAUUUUAUAGAGAAAAAAAAAUCACGUUGAUAUCAUGCGGAAAUAAUGUCAUGAAGAAAUGUAACUAUAUAAGCAGCUCUUUCUUCCGGCAACUGUUCCCAGUGCGUGAUCACAUCUCUUUCAUCAGAUUCGUCUCGUUCUCUUUAAUUCUAACAGAAACAUAUCUCUGCCGGAAAUAAUAGUGUCCCCUCGCGCGUGUCUGCGCGUCCCACAAGAGACGCGCGUUUCCGAAUUGAGGAUGCACGGUAACAACCGGAAAAAUUGGCGUGAAUGUUCUUGUGAAGUAGAGACGCAGAAGACAACUCGCGCUCUGAGAAUAUGAUGAAAUGUGAUUUGGAAUAGUGUAAAAUAACACGCAAAUAACAUUUGUGUUUCCGAUUGCUUAUUGAAAUUAUGUUCGCGCAAGACACGUUUUACGUUCUAUGUGCGGUGAUAAUUUUGGCGGAUGUCAACACAGCAGACUGGGUGGACAUGCCGCAAUUUUCGGACGAGAACAAAAUUUACAGGAUACCUCCCGCACAGUACGAUCAGUUUUACAAGUUCAGACGAGGCGAUGAUACGGACGUGGUGUUUCAUUUUUCUGACGAUCGAAACGACAGUCAGUCUCGUCGUCGUCUCGUUAAGAUCACACACGCGGCGAUCGAUAAGAAAACGGAAAUUAAGGAACCAUUAAGUUCCGCAUCAUUGUCGACACAAUUGUCGAACGUGUUUCGCGACGUUCAAAUUAACGACGAUUCCAGCGGGACAAGUAAAAAUCGCGCCACAAUAAACGACAACGCUGCGACUGAGAACUUACUUAGCGAAUACGGCAUGUCAUCAAUAACAACAACAACAACAACGGCUACAAUAUCUAAGACUUUUACCACUCAAUCAUCGUCGACUACAACACACAAGCAGAAUAUUACACGAGAUGAAUACUGCAAUGACACAUUGAAACAGGACGAUACUAUAUUUCAAUAUUUGCCCGUAGACAUACUUAAAAGUGUACAUCAGACGUUGCAAUCGCAGCCGGCGUCGUUCGAAGGAAAGCUUCAUUUCCUCAAAAUGUUCGAGAAAACGUUAAUGUCAGAGAUAGGUGAGCGCGUUAUACUUCGUUUGUUUACAUCAUUCUUCGCACGUUGAUUUCGACGUUGAUUUUGAGAU